ACACCAUUGCACACCAGCCUGGGCAACAGAGCGAGACUCAAGACUCCAUCUCAAACAAACAAACAAACAAAAAUAAAACUCAUGCUGUUUUCUCCACCUCUGGGGCCUUCCACCCUCAACCCACCCCAGCUAGGUAAGGAGCCGGCAGCUCAGUAUCUAACCUGCUGGGGUUGCCAGUAACAGAAACUCGCCAGGGUUGCUCAGGUAAAAUGAGGAGGGUGGAGAACUCAGAACAGGGGGAGCGGAGGGGUGGGGCCUUGCUACCGCCCCCACCCUCCCCACUCAGCAGGGACCAGAAGCAGGUGUGGAUUCUCUGGGAAGCUGACUUGAGGGGCAGCACUGCCCACAGCUGAAGACAACAGCGAACAAGCCAGGCCUAGUCCCUGCCCCCAGGGUGCUGACAUUCUGAUGGGGGAGAGACAGGCAGCACACAGACCAAACCUAAAGAUCGUUUCAGGCUCUUGGUGCCAAGAAGAUGAACAGCUUAGCGUGGGAGAGAGAAAGCAGGUGGCUAGGGAGCACCAGGCGCACCGUCAGCACUCGGGAAACGUGUACUGAAGGUAGCCCUCAGGAAAGGGGCCCGGAACCCAGGGCUGUAGACCCUCAAGGAGCAGGGGAGGACCCCUCAGAUCACAGCUCAGAUGGAACACUCCAGAUGUCAGGGACCGAGGCCCUCAGCCUGGGGCCUCACCCAAGCCUGGAGACGGGAGGAGAGAUCCCAGGGUGUGGGGGAGUCCUGCCCUAGUCCUGCCCUAGUACUGGGCUUGCUCAGAGGAGCUGCUGGGUCCAGAGACCCAGCAAAUGCCAAGGGUCCAGGACUGUGGCCCCCUUCACAGUUUUCCCUAGUGGUCUGGGUGGGCCCUGGGUGUGCAGAUGAGUGGUAAACUCCAAGAUCUACUGGGGAAGGCAGGUAGGGCCCCCCUCCCUCAACAUUCCGUGCCUGGGACAGGACCUCCGGGCAGCUGUCUGGCUUAGAGGGAAACCAGCCCUAAACCCAAACCGAUGAUGUGGGACGAGCAGCCCUUUCACCACCAGGGCACAGCCGCUAUGCCCUGAGCAUCCUUCUUGGUGGAGAAAGAUGCCCAGGGUGCUGAGGAAGAAAGGACACUGGCCGGCUCCCCGAAUUCUCCUUCUGCAAGUCCUGCAGCUCCCGACCUUGUCUCUGGACACCGUACCUCUGAGGCCCUUAGGAAGAUGGAAUGAACUCACCGUUGAAGGUGUUGAUGCUGUUUUCACGAAUUAAUGCCUCACCUCCACAGGCCAUGCGUGUUCUCAGGCAGGAGCUCCCUGGAGCUUCACACGGACAGUCUAUAGAGAAUGCUCAUCCCCACCUGACCCUUGAGAAGACUGAGACUCAGACGGGAGACACAGCCGCCAGCCCGAACAGCAGCGGCAUGGGCAGCGCCAGCCCGGGUCUGAGCAGCGUGUCCCCCGGCCACCUCCUGCUGCCCCCCGACACAGUGUCGCGGACAGGCUUGGAGAAGGUGGCAGCGGGGGCAGUGGGUCUCGAGAGACGGGACUGGAGUCCCAGUCCACCCGCCACACCCGAGCAGGGCCUGUCCGCCUUCUACCUCUCCUACUUUGACAUGCUGUACUCCGAGGACAGCAGCUGGGCAGCCAAGGCGCCUGGGGCCAGCAGUCGGGAGGAGCCGCCUGAGGAGCCUGAGCAGUGCCCGGUCAUUGACAGCCAAGCCCCAGGGGGCAGCCUGGACUUGGUGCCCGGCGGGCUGACCUUGGAGGAGCACUCACUGGAGCAGGUGCAGUCCAUGGUGGUGGGCGAAGUGCUCAAGGACAUCGAGACGGCCUGCAAGCUGCUCAACAUCACCGCAGAUCCCGUGGACUGGAGUCCCGGCAAUGUGCAGAAGUGGCUCCUGUGGACGGAGCACCAAUACCGGCUGCCCCCCGUGGGCAAGGCGUUCCAGGAGCUGGCGGGCAAGGAGCUGUGCGCCAUGUCGGAGGAGCAGUUCCGCCAGCGCUCGCCCCUGGGCGGGGAUGUGCUGCACGCCCACCUGGACAUCUGGAAGUCAGCGGCCUGGAUGAAAGAGCGGACUUCACCUGGGGCGAUUCACUACUGUGCCUCGACGAGUGAGGAGAGCUGGACCGACAGCGAGGUGGACUCGUCAUGCUCCGGGCAGCCCAUCCACCUGUGGCAGUUCCUCAAGGAGCUGCUACUCAAGCCCCACAGCUAUGGCCGCUUCAUUAGGUGGCUCAACAAGGAGAAGGGCAUCUUCAAAAUUGAGGACUCAGCCCAGGUGGCCCGGCUGUGGGGCAUCCGCAAGAACCGUCCCGCCAUGAACUAUGACAAGCUAAGCCGCUCCAUCCGCCAGUAUUACAAGAAGGGCAUCAUCCGGAAGCCAGACAUCUCCCAGCGCCUCGUCUACCAGUUCGUGCACCCCAUCUGAGUGCCUGGCCCAGGGCCUGAAACCCGCCCUCAGGGGCCCCCCUCCUGCCUGCCCUGCCUCAGCCAGGCCCUGAGCUGGGAGGAAACGGGCAGUCUGCUCUGCUGCUCUGACCUUCCAGAGCCCAAGGUCGGGGAGGGGCGGCCCGCUGCUCUCAGGGGGAUAUGGGCCCUCUGGGGCCUUCGGGACCCCAGGGCAGGGGUGCUUCCUCCUCAGGCCCAGCUGCUCCCCUGGAGGACAGAGGGAGCCAGGGCUGCUCCCCAACAAAGGACCCCUCCACCUGCCUCUGACCCCAGCAUUUCCAGAG